AUGUCUCGGAAAACCGUGCCCAUUGUCCACACGCAGCUAUGGAAGGAUAGACACGUCGACGAGAAAUAUACGCCCGCCCGACCGUCCGCCGCAGCCGAAGCCACGUCCACACGACUCUCAUGCGGGUGCCGCACCAACAACGCGGGCCUGGCGGCCUGGUGUGUGCUGCACAGCGAGCAAGUCCACAGCGAGGAGUCGGCGCCGGAGUCAACGUCGUCGGAGUCAACGUCGUCGGAGUCAACGUCGUCGGAGUCACCGGCCAGCCAUGGUGCCCGCGAGGUGCCCAGGGUCGAGGUGACCGCGGCAACGGCUUCCCGGGACGACAUGUUGCUGCACUCUGAGCUGGGCAUAGUUUGCCCGCUUUCACAGGCGUUUGACUGUGUCAGCGUGACGGACAGCGAGCGCGACUAUCUGUACCGGAGAUUGUGCGAGGGUCUCAAGGGGCAGCACGGGGCGAGCAGACAGAGUCAAUUGAGCGAACUGCGACAUCACGGGAAGCUGGAUGCGGCAAACGGGGACGAGCAUGAGAAUGAGGAAAAGGACAGGCAGUUCCAGACCUGGGUGUGGCAGGAGUUUGAUAAGUGGGUUGAGUUCAUGCAUCCUGACGGGAGUCGGAGUGUCUGA